GAACGCCACACAUCCUGCUACUGUGACUACAAUUACCUCAAUGAAGCGCAGCCUUGAUUUAGACAGCUCGGGGGAGGCAAGUGGCAACAAACGGCCUCGUCUAUCACAGACGUCGGACAAAGAUCGCUCGCAACCCACGAACAUUGAAGCCGAAGACUUAGGGCUUGUACGCGACGAAGAGUUUUGGUACGAGGAUGGGAGUGUCGUUCUGGUUGCGGGGAACGUCGGCUUCCGCGUAUAUCGAGGUCUGUUGGUGAGGCGUUCUGAGGUCUUCAGCGACCUCUUCUCCGUCCCGCAGCCACAGGACAGUCAGCUGGUCUGCGGCUGCCCAGUCGUGCAUCUCUCUGAUACCCCCGACUCUUUGAGAGAGCUAUUGGGUGUACUGCUCUGCGGAAAGAAAUAUAUCCAAAAAAACGACAUUGAGCUCCAUCUUCUGUCCUAUCGCAUUCGCCUUUCCCAUAAGUAUGGCAUUCAAGACGUUCUGAACGAGUCCAUACAACAGCUCAAGGCACUCAUCCCAACGGACCUCGCGCGUUGGCUCGCCAUGGGACGCCACUACAGUGCACGAGCCAUCACCGCGGUCAACCUGGCUCGCCUGACCAGCACGAAGCUCGUGAUUAUUACCGCGCUCUACAUGUGUUGCCAGCUGCCCAACCAUGUCUUGCUGGAGGGUGCGGCUCAUCCCGACGGGACCACCGACGAGCUGAGCCGGGACGACCUCCUGCAGUGCUUGGACGCGAAGUCUGUCCUCACGCAUACAUACGCGCAUGGCAUCUACAGCCAAACCAGCAUCAUCGUCCAGGGCUGCCGCUCGCACGCUUCCUGCGGCAGGGCCCUCGAUAGCAUACGAUACACGGCGGCGAAGCGGUUGACGAUGGACAUCAUGGACACGUGGGAUGAGCUAUUGGACAAGUACGACAGAACGAAGGUUGGCGAUGCUGCGCUCGUCAGUUUGUGCCAGUGCUGCAUGGUCAACCUCCGCCAGCAAGUCUGGGCCCAUGUCAGCUACAGGUGGGCAUUCUUGGCGAGCUAUAUGGACGUCCGUGGCCAGGGGAAGGAUGGAGGAGUCGAAGAGGAGCCUUGAAUCAUCGUGAUCGAACAGCCCAGUCGCAUCGACAUAUACUGUUGAUGAUUGCAGGGAUCUGGACACCACAAGACCAGUCAUGAAGAUGUAUCGCCAGUGUAUACCCUAUUGCUGCAUUGUAUCUGAAAUCACUACGCAUCGCCUAUAGCUACUAUAUACCCUCGAUACCCAGUCUGGACCUAUGUGCUCAUAUCAAUAUACUUAUAUCCGCUGUGCACGCUACAUCUAUCGAAUCUGC